GGGGAGACAGUGACCUUGGACUGAAUGUGCGGCAGAGGAUCUCUGGUCACAGUCAAGUUUUCUGGAUAUAGUGACUCAUGCUGCAGCAUAGUUUCAAAUUCACUGGCAGCCAUCCUGGACUUUUACCAUUCUUCAUCUGUAUUGUAAGGGUAAUACUUUUUGGAUGAAAUCAUGGACGCAGUAGUCCACCUCAUUAAUGAUUCUCUGGAAUUCUAUCGAUGGAGCCUCAUCAUUGCAGACAAACGGGUGGAAAACUGGACGUUGAUGCAGUCUCCCCUGCCUACAUUGGCAGUGAGCAGUCUUUACCUCCUCUUUGUGUGGCUGGGUCCAAAAUGGAUGAAGAACAGGGAGCCUUUUCAGCUCCGAUCUCUGCUUAUUUUCUACAACUUUGGAAUGGUUAUACUAAAUUUCUACAUCUUUAAAGAGCUCUUCUUUGCAGCAAGAGCAGCAGGAUAUAGUUAUAUUUGCCAGACUGUCAACUACACAGAAGAUGUCAAUGAAGUGCGGAUAGCUUCGGCCUUGUGGUGGUAUUAUGUUUCAAAAGGGGUUGAAUACUUGGACACAGUAUUUUUUAUACUGAGGAAGAAAUUUAACCAGGUCAGCUUUCUGCACGUAUAUCAUCACUUCACAAUGUUUACCCUCUGGUGGAUCGGAAUCAAAUGGGUAGCAGGAGGGCAAUCUUUUUUUGGAGCUCAUAUGAAUGCUGUCAUCCACGUUGUUAUGUAUCUGUACUACGGGUUAGCAGCUUGCGGUCCACAGUUUCAAAAAUACCUGUGGUGGAAACGAUAUUUGACCAUCUUACAACUGGUACAGUUUCAUGUUACGAUAGGCCAUACUGCUUACUCCCUGUACAUUGAUUGCCCUUUCCCAAGAUGGAUGCACUGGGCACUGAUAGCUUAUGCUAUUUCCUUCAUCAUCCUCUUCGCCAACUUUUAUUACCAGACCUACAGGGAGCCAAAGGAAGAAUCCGUAAAGAAUGGAAAAGUACUUGUGAAUGGCAAUGGAAUGGCUAACGGAAUAAUCAAAUCAGAAAACAAGCUAGUGGUAGAAAAUGGGAAAAAGAAGAAGAAAGGAAAAGCCAAGCGUGAAUAAGAUACAUGGGCAAGGUGUUAAAUAAAAGGUUGCGUUUUAGAGCCAAAUAUUCUGAGUCAGCAAAAGAUGACUGCAUGUGUUUCCAGCUGGCUUUGAACCAAUCUAUUGUAUCCUUUGCCAUCUUUGUAAUUUAUUGAAUUUACCUUGUAAAUGAAAUUUGUGAUCAAUGCAUUGGUAUUGACAUGAAGAUAGAAAAAAAAGCUCACCAUUAAAUAGAUUGCACUGAACAAGUUUUAUGAAAGAAGAAUUUGGUCUUUACCCUUUUUCAAAUCCAUAUCUUAAUAUUGAUUUUUUAAUGUUUAUUUAUGCUCACUGUUUCUAGUGAACUCUUGCUAGAUAGCUUUUUAUUUUACCACUACCUCAGUUUUAAUGCUGCUUUUAUGGCUCUAUUUUCUACCCUAUGCAAGCAUAUUGGUUUAUCCUGUGUUGUCAAUCCAAUGCUAGUUUUGAUUGCAGGUUAUCAACUUCUUUAUAGGAAAGUGAAAGAAGUGGCUAGUGUUCAUUAACGCUGAUGUUUGUCUUUGCAUUGAAGGUCCUAAGAUAUUAGAGGUAGAGUAGCAAUGCCAAUCACUUUCUGGACCCAUGUAAAUAGACAGUACUGUUUUAGUUACAUUAAAACUUUUAACUCAAUUUCAGAAUAGAUCUGAAGUUUGAGGGGUUUUUUGCAGCUAGAUCAUAAUUUUGUUCUAUUGAUGUUAUACAGUACAAAUUAC